AAGUUUCUCAUAAUCAUUCAAAAUUCGUGUCCGCCUGUUGUGAUUUCGCGAUUGUAAAGUAAAGAAGUGUGUCUGUUAUUCGGUUAGACGGUUGUGAAGUGGCGUACUCUUCUUGAUCGUGUGUUUCGAGUAACGAGAUAUGUGUGUUGUGUUCUCUGAACAUUUGUGUUAUCUUUGUGUCGAAAGUUCGAAAGAUAAGUACUGAGUAGUGAUAAGACUUUAGUAACGCGAAAUAUAUUCUGAAUCAUUGAUAUUUGUUUUCUCAAACGGUACGUAGUGAUUCCGUUUAGUGAAUAAUACAGUUUUAUUACGAAUAAGAAGAUUAUCAAAAUGACGAGCAUUAAUCAUUCGAAACGGAGUUCUCUAACUUUGAACUUACAUUCGGAUGAUAACAAACGGACAAAAUUUAGCCCCGGAGUAUUGGGCACAGCGAUAUUAUCAUCUCCGGACGUGAAGAAGUUCCAAUUGACUACUCCAGAAAUCGAGAAUUUCAUCCUGAAUCAUCAUCCCAGUAUACUCCAAACACCAACUGCAAAUGCAGCCAAUCCAAUUUUGUUCCCGAAAUCAUUGCCUGAAGAUCAAGAGUUAUAUCCUACGGAAUUCGUCGACCUCAAUGAAUAUAAUGACUCCGGUCGUUUACAAGUUGAAUUGCCUAAAAGCAGCAGUAGCAGUAAUUCCUCAAUUAACAAUUUUAUGAAUUUGGAUUCGUAUCCGGCCGUAUCGUCGGGUAGUUAUUCAAUGACGAUGUCUCCUUCAGACGGUAGCAUUGUGGUUAAAGAAGAACCUCAAACCGUACCAAGUCUGGGUUCUACGCCGCCUCUAUCACCAAUCAACAUGGAAUCUCAAGAACGUAUCAAAUUAGAAAGAAAACGUAUGAGGAAUCGUGUCGCUGCCUCAAAAUGUCGUAAAAGGAAACUCGAAAGAAUAGCCAAAUUGGAAGAUAAAGUCAAAUUGUUGAAAGGUGAAAAUGGUGAACUUGGCCAAAUAGUUAUCAGAUUAAGAGAAGAAGUGUGUUCCUUAAAACAACGUGUAAUGAAACACGUUGAGAAUGGAUGUAAGGUGAACGGUUUAGCAAACUUUUGAAGUAUUUAUUCUUUUAUAUGUGCGUAUUUUUCCUGAUUUUUUAAUAAUUGAGUGAUUUUUCCCUCUUCUUUUGUAUGUAUGUUUUGAUUAUCAAUGUAAUAUUGAAGAGUGAGCCUUCAAGUAACAUUUUUCAUAUAGUUGAAGUUUAUUUGUCUCAUUUUGAGAGCUAUUCGCUCAACAAUACCGUCCAGCUAAUUACUUUGUAUUCAACUGCCGGGGUUACCUUCUCAUUUUUGUGUAUUGCAUUUAUACAGUAAUUAGAUCAAGCUGAUAAUUUUAUCAAUGUCAGAAGCCAUGUGGCUGGUAACUCGUAUUGAAAGUAGCAUUUAUUCUGUUCAACUUUUGAUAUUGAAAUUGCAUUUAAAUUUAAGCUAUAAUGAUGAUUUUUGACCAAGAUGAAUCAUUACGUUUGGGUUUUUUAAAUCUCUGUAUUUAGACCACUAUUGUUUUCCUUACUUCAGUAUGAAAACAGAUCUCCAAACAGUUGAAGAAAGUCAUGAGUUUUACGAAGAUCUUUUCCAAACGGGUUAUAUGUAUUUAUUUUCUUAUCGAAACCGAAAAUAUGAAUAAUUAAGUUCUAGUACAGGGUAUUUAUUUUUGUUUUCUUUUAACUUGAAAGGAAUAGUACAAAUUAUAUUUUAAUUGUUUGCCGUAAACUUUUACCAAAAAUAAACAAACAAGAAAUCGUUACCAUAAUAUAUUGUAACAUCAAUUGGCUAAUUUUAAUUUUUCGAUCAUGAGUUUAUUUCCGUGAGUUAGUUUCGAACAAAGGAGAAAGAUUUAGUUACCUACUAUUUUAAAUUAAUUAUAUUUGAAUGUCAAUUUAUUUUGAAUUAAUAUUAAAAUGUGUUAUUUUGUAAACUGUUUGAGAUGAAGCCUGAUUUCUUCCUGUGAAAUAUUUGAAAAAUUUAUAAAUUUCAAUUUUUAUAUUCGGUUUUUUUGUAAAUAUGAUUAUAAAUUGAGUCGAUGAUGUAAUUUUAUUUCGAUUGUAUUUUCAUUUUGAGGAUAAGAUAUAUUUUUAUUUUGUGUGACGAAUUUUUUUUCAAUUGCUUUUGUAGCAUUAUUGUUUUUUAUUCAAUCAGCUCAUCAACGUGAAGAUUUUGUAUUGGAAUAAAAAGUGCCAGAGUAUUGUGAUACAAUGACUUUUUUUUUAUUUUUCUUUAGCUAUAAUUUAUUUAUUGUGAUCUUUUAUUGUAAUGUUGACGCAUUACGUCGUAAGCUUGUGUGUAUUUGAUAAGUUUUUUCAAAACAAUCAUAGAUUUUAUUUCUUCUAAUAAACUUUUUUUAGAAAA